CCCGCGUUUGUGCUGUUCAGCUGUCCGUGACGGGUCUGGGGAGGCGAAGCCGGGGAUCGUCGGCUGUUGACGUCAUGGUCGUGGUCCGUCGGGCCGUAUCUGUUGUGUUUUGUUAGGUCUCAAGAAUGUGAUGGUGCACACCGGUGCUGUAGCCUGUGCCAGGUUGUGAUCUUCGUGUGGGAACGUGUGUGUGUGUUUGCCUGUGUGCAUCGCGUGCUUGUGUGCGCGCGUGUGCCAUGCCGGGGUGUGCCGUCUCCUGAGGAGCAAUGUUCCGCUGUAUUCCACUGUUCCGUGGGUGCAACCGUCAAGUCGAGUACAUCGACAAGAGACACAGUAACUUGUUCAAUAUACCGGACGAUGUGCUGAGGUACGCGAGGACGUUAGAAGAGCUGCUUCUAGAUGCCAAUCACAUUCGCGACCUGCCGAGAGGUCUUUUUCGACUCACGAAGUUGCGGAGGUUAAGUGUCAACGACAAUGAAAUCUCCCAGCUUCCUGCGGACAUUGCCAACUUGAUGAAUCUGGUCGAUUUGGAUGUGAGCAAAAACGAUAUUCAAGAAAUACCGGAGAACAUAAAGUACCUCAAAUCCCUCCAGAGCGCAGAUUUCAGCAGCAAUCCACUUUCUAAACUUCCUGCUGGUUUUGUACAGCUCCGAAGCUUAACAGUAUUGGGUCUUAAUGAUGUCUCAUUAACACAGCUGCCCCAUGACUUUGGAAGUUUAUCAAAUCUUGUGUCCUUGGAACUGCGGGAAAACUACUUGAAAGGGUUGCCACUCUCGUUUGCAUUCCUUGUAAAACUUGAGCGGCUAGAUCUCGGCAGCAAUGACUUUGAGGAACUGCCUGUCGUUGUGGGGCAACUCUCCAGCCUUCAGGAGCUAUGGCUUGACUCUAACGAGCUUUCUACACUGCCUAAGGAAAUCGGGCAGCUGAGGCGGCUCAUGUGCCUUGAUGUGUCUGAGAACAAGUUGAGCCACCUUCCGGAUGAGCUCUGUGACCUAGAGUCUUUGACGGACCUUCACUUCUCCCAGAAUUACCUGGAGGCCCUUCCUGAAGACAUUGGCCGGUUAAGGAAGCUCACCAUCUUUAAGGUUGACCAGAACAGGCUGGGAAGCCUGCCAGAGUCAAUCGGGGACUGUGUGAGCCUGCAGGAGUUGAUCCUGACAGACAACCUGCUGGCAGAGCUGCCUGCAUCGAUAGGGAGAUUGGUGAAUUUGAACAACCUGAAUGCCGACUGCAACCAGCUGUCGGAGUUGCCAGCCGAGAUAGGUCAGCUGGUGCGGCUGGGUGUGCUGUCGCUGCGUGAGAACUGCCUCCAGAGGCUCCCGCCCGAGACUGGCACGCUGCGGCGGCUGCAUGUGUUGGAUGUGUCUGGGAACAGGCUACAAAAUCUGCCUUUGACAGUGACUGCGUUAAAUUUGAAGGCGCUGUGGCUGGCCAAGAACCAGUCUCAGCCCAUGCUCAAGUUCCAGACCGACUUGGAUGAAGCCACGGGUGACAAGGUGCUGACCUGCUUUCUGCUGCCACAGCAGGAUGACCAUACAGAAAGCAUGGAAAAUCUGCUACGAGACAGCACAGAACAGGACAGUCGGCUGAGCUGGGACCAAAAGGCUGAAAACCGCUCGUCAGCUGUGAAGUUUGUCGAGGAGGCUGUUGAAGAGAAACCAGACAAGGAACUUGAGACUCAAUUUGUUCGUCAUGACACUCCUCAUCCGAAAGAGCUGAAGGCACGGCACCAGAAGUUUGUGCAGAAGGCCAAAAACAUUGAUGGCCACGUAAUGUCACAUUCAGAUGAGGAUGGGGAAGUUGGUGUGUACCGACCACAUCGAGCCAGCACUGGGUCCAUGCAGUCAGCAUCAUCCAUUGAGACAGCACCUUGCCAGUCACGAGAAGGGGAGCCCAUUGGCCGACCUGGGAGUGUAAGUGACCAGGAGCCCGACGGCCGGCCCACGUCUGUUUCCGAGGAAGAAGCACAGCACAUGGCACGGGUCGCGCACAACGGAAUGGCCCCGCCAGCUCAGGGUGGCGGCAGCCCUGAGUCUUCAGGGGACGAGGAUGACAACAAAAGGGAAUAUGACCGACAUGUGGCAUUCACACAUGAUGGGCCUGAAGAACCAGCAGAUCGACAGAAUCGACUUCAUCGGCGCGACACACCUCACCAUCUCAAGAACAAGAGGAUCCAUGUAGGCAGCACUCGUGAGGACCAGGAGAAGGUGGCAUCCAUAUUGAUGCAAGCCCUUCAUAGGCCAGAAGGCGAAGAACCAUUGCCGCCACCUCCUCCUUCACCACCACAAGAGCGCCAAGCAGUUGAUUCUGAAUCAGAGAUGGAUGGGGCAAACACAUCGUUUGGAGAAAGUGUUGCGCCUGCUGCUGUUGUGGAGGAGCACAUGAGGAUAUGCGUGGAAAGGAAUGCUUUGGGUCUUGGGCUGAGCGUGGCUGGUGGGAAAAAUUCGACACCGUUCAAAGGGGACGAUGAGGGUAUAUUUAUUUCUAAGAUAACGGAGGGUGGACCAGCAGAACGGGCGGGGCUUAGAGUCGGCGACAAGAUUCUCUCUGUGAACAAUGCAUCUGUGGUGGACAUUGAUCAUUACGAGGCUGUGAAUACACUCAAGGCAGCAGGCAACAAGAUCUCCCUGCUUAUAGCACGAGAAGUUCAGCGGCCCACAUCUUCCUUGGCAAGGGAGCCAGUGACAGCUGCAGCAGCGCCAUCUAAGGUGCCACUGCAGCAGGUGCACUCUGAGCCUCUUCGUCCUCUGGAGGAAGAGCCCCUUCCUUCAUCGAGGGCGUCUCCUGUAUCAGUGCCCCAGCAGAGGGUGCGACAGCCUGCUGCCAGUGGAGGACCCCAGAACUUGCUGGCUCCCUUGCCGCCGGGAGGGGGUGACCUGCACUCACUCCCUACGACACCAGAGCCACGCACGCCUGAGCCAGACUUUGAGACCAAACGAGAGAUCAUCUAUACGACGUUGAUUAGGGACCACAAUGGCCUGGGGUUCAGCAUAGCUGGAGGCAAAGGAGGCACACCAUACAAAGACGGAAGCCAAGGCAUCUUCAUAUCACGGAUAGCAGAGGGGGGAGCUGCAGCGCGCGAUGGCAAGCUGGCUGUUGGCGACCGUGUUCUGUCCAUCAACGGCAUUGACAUGGACGGAGUGCGGCACGAUCAGGCCGUGGCCAUGCUUACGGGACUCGAACGCUUUGUGCGACUGGUCGUACAAAGAGAGGAACUGGUGCUGAGAGACCCCAAUGCCAAGCCCCAGCAGCAGCCAUCACUGCCCACUGCUACGACUCUGACGACGGCGGCAACGACGACAACCAGCAGGCCUUACGGGGGAAGUCUGUACUCCUCCUCGUCGUACAUGGCCAACCGGCCGUCAUAUUUGGGUGGAUACAAGAGGCCUGGACCCAUCAGCAGUGUGGGAAGUGCUGGUGACGAGGCAGCUGCUGGUGAGAAGCAGCCUGCAGGCACAAAGACCACAUACUCCAUUUACACCAAGCUGCCGGGGCUGAGAAACGACACCACCACCUUGACAGGGAGUGCGCCACACCCAGUCCUCUCACACCAGCCAUAUUCCUUCCCUAGUGCACAGCGAGAUCCACCUCUGCCUGCAGCACACCCUUCAGAGCCCAUCUAUGCCAAUAGUGGAGACCAUGGUGGUCUUGGCACCUCAUUGUCAUCAUUUCGUCCUGCUCGUGUCAUGCCAAAUGCCAUUGGCAAUGGCUUCCCACCAGCGGCGGGGGGCGUGCAGACAGUCACUCCAAACCCAUCGUCUUCACCAUCAUCCCAGCGGUUGAAAGGUCCCCUGGUGACAGUGACGAUUCAGCAGCCAGAUCCCUACGCGCCUCUGGCCACUGAGUUCCCCCCAGCACCAAAGACCCUGGGACGCACCACUGAGGUGAUCACACGAACGACUUUAACCGAGACGACGACAACUCGGGUCACCAACAAUGUCCUGUCACUCACACCUGGCUCAGAAGAGGAUGUCACACUUGUGAAAGCUGGUGGCCCUUUGGGCUUGAGUAUUAUUGGUGGCACGGAUCACCCUUGCCAUCCAUUCGGUGCUGAUGAGCCUGGUAUCUUUGUGUCUAAGAUAGUGCCAGAAGGAGCAGCGUCGAAAUGUGCAAGGCUACGAGUGGGUGACCGCCUGCUCAAGGUCAACGGCAUGGACGUGACCAAGUGCACACACCAGGACGCAGUGAUGGCCUUGUUGGACCCAUCGUACCAGGUGGUCCUCACCGUCCGCCACGACCCACUCCCAACGGGCUGGCAGGAGCUCGUGAUUCAGCGAGAACCAGGAGAGAAGCUGGGGAUGAACAUCAAGGGAGGUGUUCAGGGGCAUUCCGGGAACCCGGCCGAUCCGACCGAUGAAAGCAUCUUUAUUUCAAAGGUCAACACGAAUGGUGCAGCACUUAGGGAUGGCAGGCUCAAGCCAGGAAUGCGAAUUAUUGAGGUGAAUGGCCUGUCUUUGCUGGGAGCUACACACCAGGAGGCUGUGAACAUUCUGAGGACUGCCGGCGAUACCAUACGGCUCGUGGUCUGUGACGGCUACAAUGCUGCUACGACUCCAGGCGGUGACUCUCCUUGCCAGGGAGGCUCGCUGAAGACUGCUGCCUCUGUGUCCUCCAUCGAUCACGAGGAUGAGGUGACACUUGCCCUGAGGGAGGAGCAAAGUGCACUCAGAGAAACAGCCCAGUGGGAAAAAGAGGACCGUGAUACCAUAGAAAGGCUGAAGAAGGAGAGGGAUGCAGACUCGCACAGCUUGCACAGCUUCACCUCUGUCUCCUCACAGCACUCGGGCAAAGCACUGGCCACCCUGCCCGCUGACGGCAAGGCAGUGGCGUUGCCUGCAGACAGUAAGUCAGUGGAGCAGCGUGUCAUGGAAGUGGUCCGAGCCGCUGAGCAGCUUGUGAGUCCUGCCCUGGCCGCAGCUGCGACUUCAGUGACGCCCGCAGCCACUUCUGUGCCUGCAAGCGAGCAGAAGACUACAACUGUUAUCAUGACCAAGAAGUCAGUCAGCCACCCACCAGCCUCAGCAGCGGCCACGCUCGUCAGGAGUGACCGGCCGCAGGUAUCGCCUCCUCCUCCUCCCCCCCCUCCUGCAACAACCUCCUCUGCCCCCUCGACCCUCCAGCACCACCCCCCUCCUGCUCACUCUGGUGACGACGUCUUCCUCCCAUCUUCCCCACCUCGGGACGAUCGCAAUGGUGGUGGUGGUGGUGGCGGCAGCCCUGUGGAGAAUGGUGGGACACUCCCUCCUAGUGCCUCUUCUCUCCUGCCGGAGCCCUCUCGGCCCAGCAAACCUUCCAAACUUAGCCUGGGUCCUAAGCCUGUUCCCCCUCCCAAGCCCAGAAAGCUCCAGGGCUUGGUGACUGAGCCCGAGUCACUGACCUUCAUUGAGAAGAAGCACCAUUUUGAAAGCAUGCAGCAGCAGCAACAGGGCUCACUUCACAGCACCCAGGCAUCAGAGGCAAAACGCUUCAGCUUCUUGUCCGAAAGUGAACUGCAGAAACUGCGUGAGGAGCAGGAGAGCAAGCAUGAUGGCAGGUGGUCUCGCCAGGAGGAAAGUUGUGAAGAGGAGGAGGGCGAUGAGGACGAAGUUGAUGAUGAUGUUGACAUGCCUCCCGCUGCUGCACACCUGGCUGAAACUGAAGUGGACAGCCCCAUGUCAGUGGAGACGGAGCCCGUGCGGCAGGUGCCCAUCCCAGCAGUGCGCACCCUGAAGGCUGAGCGGCGCCUACAGGAGCGCCAACUGCAGCAGCCCGACGAGGAAGAGGACAAGGAGGCCCAUCCUCUGGGCCUCACGGACACUGAGCAGAGGGCGCUAGAGGCCGAGAAGAGGGCAGCAUGGCGACAGGCCAGAAUGAAGUCUCUGGAAGAAGAUGCAGUCCAGGCUCAGGCCAUGCUGGCUCGAAUGACAGAGGGCGUAGAGGCCCGGCCUGUGUCGCCCAUUUUUAAGGCUGUCAACAUCAACAUCGAUGAAGCUGCUGAGCAGCAGACACCAAGGGAGCAGACGAGGAGAGGUGAUGAUGAAAACAGCAACAACCUGGAGCAUCCAGAACUUGACUCUGACAGGGAGCAGAGCUUGGGGCACAAGGCGCUGCUCGGCGACGAAGAGCUGCCUCGGCUGGUGCUGACGCUGCGCGACGGGCAGACAUGCACGGUGGAGCGGGAGCACGUCGUGGACGAGACGGUGUCCCGCCGCAUUGAGCGAGUCAUCGAUCCCCAGACUGGGGAGUCCCGCCUGCGCACGCUCGAGUUUGUUGAGAAAGUGGUCGAGAAAGAGAUUGAGACAACAACUGAGAAGAUCCUUUCUCUGGAGCUACAUGGGAGGCACGAAGAUGCCACCAAUGACAAUGGGAACUGCGAGGAUGAGGCCGUCGGCGACGAAGGAGACCUUCCUUCGCCCACGUCUGAUCAAGGGCCAGGCCCAGCACUAGCCAAGAAGAAGAAACGGAGGCGGUCCAAGCGCAGAUGAGGCUGCCAGUGCACCAACAAGCGCUUGCUGCCAGUUGGGGAAGAGAGAAGGCCCCGGUUGUCACACCCCAAGCCUUCUGUUCAUCCUCCCAAUCCAAACCCCUACCCCCCUUCAUCACUUCACCAUGUGCAACUGAAACACUGUGUGUUUUGCAUCCAUUCCGUCCUCCCCUCAUGUUUCUGUUUUGUUGUUGCACCUUCAUUGAGCACGUGAGGUGCAUGUGUUUACAUAGUGAGGCAGCUUCUCCCAAGCCGUCUCAGUGGCAUGUGGCGCAAUGUGUGGUAGUGUGGACGAGGGCGAGUAGUGUCUGCUUGCAAACCUGACCUAACCAUUCUCCCGCUCUUACCUUAGCUCGCUCAUGGUGGAUAGUUUGCUGUUGGUAUGACUUGUUUGUCUUGAGUGCUUCCCCGCAAGUGGUAAUCUGUUAAUUUUCUACUGUCUUUUAUUUCUUGUUGCUGAGAUCGUCUGAAUGGUGCCCACCAUUCAUUAUUUAUAGUGCCUUUUAUAGACCUAUAAGUAUUCUUAUAGUAAUAAGGGCCAUUGAUCAUUUGCCCUCACAUAGUGCUUCAACCAUGAUCCAGCAAUCGCAGUUUUGCAGGAAAUUUACAGGUUUCAGUGAGCUUAGCACACCUGUCAUUUGUGUCACUGGAGUAGGCAAGUUCUGCCCACAGUGGUCAUUUACUAAGGCCAAAUGCAGACAUGGUAGGAAUUCAGCCACCUUGUCUUUAUUGACGUUUUACCAAUGUUGUAGUUGGCUAGUCUAACUAUCUCCUAGCAUGUCCUUUAUUCAAAAGAUACAGCUUAUGUUUAACCAUGUCGCACCAAUGCCAGGCGUGCUAGCUUCCAAUGCCACACUAGCAUGCUAUUUGAGAAUUGAAAAUUGUGUUUGGCUAGCCAUUUGCCAUCAUCUGCAUAAAGCGAGGCUACUUUAUUGCCACUGUUGUUGGCAUCAGUCCUUCAUUUUUAUGGAAUUCUCUUUAUUUGACAUUUUUGUCCUUUUGGUGUGCCCAGUAGCAGUGCAUCAUGCUCUCCCGGCAGCGUCGCAGCCUGGCGUUGUAGACGGGAGCUGCCCUUAUGAGCGAGUCUGUCCUGUCCUACACUUUGCAGGUGUCUGAGGCAAAGUGUUGUUGGCAGACAGAUAGAAAGGCUAAAUGACUUGAUAUGAUGGCACACUUCAAGAUUAGAAAAAGAAAAGACCAUCUUAAAAAAGAACUCUCAGACUUUUAAUUUUUUAGAAACAUUUUUGCUUAGCUACUUUCCCUCAAGUUUUCUUUUUAUUGUUAUUAUUAUUAUUAUUAUUUAUAAUCGCUACCAAACCUUCUCAACAGAUUUCCCUAAGUUUACUGUGCUCUGCUUGGCCAUCCAAUAGCAUUGACCAUUGCAUGCUGCCAUUGUUCAUGAUUUCUCAAAACCAGCUGCUGGAAUGAAAUGCCUCGCAGAAUUUGAACUUGCAGAGCAGGGAAAACAGGCCAUUUAUGAACUUGUAGCAUGAGCUGCUUAACUGAUUAAAAGGCUGCCCCUGCGCUGGCGUUACAGGGUCACGCCUUUUUCUUUUCUUUCUCUUAGAUAGCUUGUUAUCAUUUCGCAUGAAAAGUGCUACCUGCAACAGUAGCACACGCUAGUGUGUUUGGUAGUGUUAUUGGGAUUGAUCAAACCAACCAUUGACUUGUACCUUCUAUGCAUGAGUGUUUUAUCUCCAUUGGUGAGCUGGUUGUUCCUCAUGCAAGCUAUGCCCUGACCUUCUUACCUCUCUGUGCCAGGUUGUAUGGCACUCAUUGUUGCUCCAUUUUCACUCUUAGCUUUAAGCAAAUGUUGAUUUCUCUGCUUUGUAAAAAGAGAGAGACAUGCUGAUUGCACCAUGCAUGUUUUAUUCCUCACAGCAUGACUAUUUAUUCGUCACCAAACGCUCAGCACUUGUGGGUUGCGCCCCCUUUAAUUUAUCUGCCAUGCUGUAGCAUAGGCCUUUGGGCACAAACAAUGCCUCAGAUAUGAGUUGCGGGCUAAGCGUAGCUCAUUUUUAUUAUUCUUGAGCAUAGUAACUAGAGUUGCAUGAACUUUUGUUCAGGAAGCAACCUUUUGAUUUCUUUAUGCCAUACCAUCACUCCCUUAAAUGGUGUAACACCAAGAAACUGUCAUUUCUUUUGAUCUUGCCCUAGCCUAUAGAGAUAAUGAGCAUGUAGAAACAUUUCGAAAGCAGAAGUUCUCAAAUUCCCUUCUUAAAAGCUAAGAAUAAUGUGCCUGGCAUCGCGUAAUCCUGUACAACACUGCGGGCAGUGAAAAACAGUUGUUUUUACAUCGUGAUGCUCUUUGCCACUUGCAAGUGUUCAUUUCUUGUGGUUGCAAUUGGUGACAGCUCUUUCAAUUUUUUUAGGUGGUUGAGGUUGCAUCUCACUUGCAAGUGGGGAGUUCUUUUUUACUCUCACUCUUCUAUACCGUGUUCAGUAAUAAUCAACUGGACCUUCAUGCUAUUGUUAUAAUGCGUCAACAUUUAAGUUGUGCUUGUUUGGACACUGUAAUAGUGUGGACUGUUCCCUCGUGUUUGAAACAUUCCCCUUUGAGAUGCACUUGAAUGCUACAAUGAAAGAAGAAAAAAAAAAUCUUACCACCACAUCUUUGUUUUCUGGUGUCUUUUUAGCUUGAUUCUUUGCUGGUCUGGCAGUAUUCGAGUGCUCUUCAGAGCCAAGGCUUUUGCUGCCUCUGCAUUGACCGCUUGUGUUCCCAGACAAUGUAGAUCACACUAUGGAAUGUUGACAGUUGAUGCUCCUUCCUCACCCACACACUUCAUACUUCUAACUGCCACCACAUGGCGUGUCUUCGGUGCUUGUUAUAGACUACAUCGUAUUGUUGCUUUGUUUCUGAAUGGUGUGGAUGACACAUUUUAGGCCACAUUUAGGCAUUGUCGACUGACAAAAAGGACAGGGUGUACUUUUCAUGCGCUAGUAAAUCGGCUGACGUAUUAAGCACACCUGGAAAGGAGUUUGUGACGACCCAUCAUGACAUUGUCCCCCCCAUCACGUGCCAAGACAGACACCAAAUUGCACUGUUCUUGUGCAGUAUACAAACAAAAGCUGUGUUGUCACUUCAGCAUGCUUCAUGUGGUGGUGGUUGUCAGAACCAAGUAAGAGAGGCCCUUAAUGCCUCGAAACUGAAACUCCAUCAAGCAGUAUGGUGGUAGUGGUGCAGGAACUCUACACUCUUUGUAUCAGCCAACUGAAUUUCAUGUUUGGGCUCAUGUUUAACACUUCAUAUAGAAUUCCUUGUGUGUUCUUGUUUUGUAUUCUCUGUACAUAGAAGAAGGUAUAGAGAUAAAAGAGGUAGCUGUAAUGUAUCAUACCAGUUUUAUUAAAGGCAUUGUACAAAAGAA